UCACUCGAGCACCUCACUCGCUGCAAACGCAAUGCCCAACAUGGAUCUCUACAACAUGCCCAUGGCUCCGUCCAGUCGUGCGAUUCAGAUGAUUGCCAAGGCCUUGGGUCUUGAGCUGAACUCCAAGUUCAUCAACACAAUGGAGGGAGACCAACUGAAACCGGAGUUUGUGAAAAUCAACCCACAGCACACCAUUCCCACACUGGUGGACAAUGGAUUCGCCAUCUGGGAGUCCCGUGCCAUCGCCGUCUACCUAGUGGAGAAAUACGGCAAGACCGAUUCGCCCCUCUACCCCAAGGAUCCCCAGAAGCGGGCUCUGAUCAACCAGAGACUCUACUUUGACAUGGGCACUCUCUUCGACGCCGUAGCCAAAUACUUCUUCCCCCUCUUCCGCACCGGCCAACUGGGAGAUCAGGAGGCCCUGGACAAGGUCAACACCGCCUUCGGAUUCCUCAACACCUUCCUGGAGGGUCAGGAUUUCCUGGCCGGCAGCCAACUGACCGUCGCGGACAUCGUCAUCCUGGCCACCGUCUCCACUGUCACAAUGUUUUCGUUUGACUUGCAGAAGUUCCCGAAUGUAGAUAGGUGGUACCAGAAUGCCUCGAAGGUUACUCCUGGAUGGGAGGAAAACCUGGAGACCCUUGAGCAGGCGAAGAAGUUCCUAGAGGAAAAAAUCGCUGAGAAGAAGUAAAUGGUAAAAGUAAAAAAAAUUAUUAAUAAAAUUGAUUGAAACCUAA